AUUGGAGAACAAACAAACAAAGAUGAAGCUGUUGUGGGUUGUAAUGCUGCUAGUCAGCACUGUGUUUGGUGCCGCCGCCGAUUACAAGAGGAAGAACAUUGGGACUGUGAUUGGGAUUGAUCUGGGGACCACAUACUCAUGUGUUGGAGUGUUCAAGAAUGGGCGUGUGGAGAUUAUUCCCAAUGACCAGGGAAACCGAAUCACCCCCUCCUAUGUGGCCUUCACCAGUGAAGGUGAGCGUCUGAUAGGCGAUGCUGCCAAGAAUCAGCUGACCUCUAACCCUGAGAACACCAUUUUUGAUGCCAAGAGGCUGAUUGGUCGCACAUGGGGUGACUGGUCUGUGCAGCAGGACAUCAAGUACCUGCCCUUCAAGGUUAUUGAGAAGAAGAGCAAGCCCCAUAUCCAGGUUGACAUUGGUGGUGGCCAGAUGAAGACCUUUGCUCCUGAGGAGGUCUGUGCUAUGGUGCUGACUAAAAUGAAGGAGACUGCUGAGGCUUACCUGGGCAAGAAGGUCACACAUGCUGUGAUCACUGUCCCAACCUACUUCAAUGAUGCCCAGCGCCUGGCCACUAAGGAUGCUGGUACCAUUGCUGGUCUGAAUGUUAUGCGAAUCAUCAAUGAGGCAACUGCUGCUGGUAUUGCUUAUGGCCUGGACAAGAAGGAUGGAGUGAAGAACAUUCUUGUCUUUGAUCUGGGCGGUGGCAGCUUUGAUGUUUCUAUUCUGACCAUUGACAAUGGUGUGUUCGAAGUGGUAGCCACCAAUGGUGACACUCAUCUGGGAGGUGAGGACUUUGACCAGCGUAUCAUGGAGCACUUCAUCAAGCUGUACAAGAAGAAGACUGGCAAAGAUGUGAGCAAAAACAACCGUGCUAUGCAGAAGCUGCGUCACGAGGUCGAGAAUGCCAAGAGGGCGCUGUCUGCCCAGCACCAAGCCCAUAUUCAGAUCGAGUACUUCUUUGAGGGAAAAGACUUCUCUGCGAACCUGACUCGUGCCAAGUUUGAGGAGCUGAACAUGGACCUGUUCCGGUCCACCCUGAGGUCUGUACAGAAAGUGCUGGACGAUGCUGACUUGAACAAGUCUGAUAUUGAUGAGAUAGUCCUGGUUGGAGGCUCCACCCGUAUCCCCAAAAUCCAGCAGCUGGUGAAGGAGUUCUUCAAUGGCAAAGAGCCAUCUAGAGGCAUCAACCCUGAUGAGGCUGUGGCAUACGGAACUGCUGUGCAGGCGGGUGUGCUUUCUAGAGAGGACAUUGGUGAUGUGCUUCUUCUGGAUGUGUGCCCCAUGACCCUUGGUAUUGAGACUGUUGGAGGAGUAAUGACCAAGCUGAUCCCCAGGAACACAGUGGUGUCCACCAAAAAAGCCCAGACCUUUUCUACAGCGUCUGAUAACCAGCAUACUGUCACCAUCAAAGUCUAUGAAGGUGAGCGUCCUUUGACCAAAGACAACCAUUUCCUGGCUACCUUUGACCUGACUGGCAUCCCCCCUGCUCCUCGUGGUGUGCCGCAGAUCAAAGUCACCUUUAAAAUUGAUGUCAACGGCAUUUUGUGUGUCACUGCUGAGGACAAGGCCACAGGCAACAAGAACAAUAUCACAACUGACCAGAACUGGCUAACACCUCAGGACAUCAAACGCAUGGUGAAUGACGCCGAGCGCUUUGCUGAGGAAGACAAGAAGGUGAAGGAGAGGAUCAAUGCUCACAAUGAGCUGGAGGGCUACGCAUACUCCCUGAAGAACCAGAUUGAAUCCAUUGAGAAGGCAGUGGAGGAGAAGAUUGAGUGGUUGGACUCUCACCAAGAUGCCGACCUGGACGACUUCCAGGCCAAGAAGAAGGAGCUUGAGGAAGUGGUUCAGUCCAUUAUCAGUAAGACCUGUGGUAGUGCAGGUGGUCCACAACCAGAGGGCAGAAAGCAAAAUGAGAAGGAUGAGUUGUAGGCAGGUCUGAAGUCUUAUCACU